GAGUCGGGAGAGAGAGAGCUACCACCAGGCCUAGGAACCUCAGAUCCAGACCGGGCGGGGCAAACCUCAGCGCUCAGCUUUGCAUAGCAAUGUCCGGCUUUGCAUAAUAAAUGAAGGCAAGUAUUUAAAGGCGUCGUCGCCGACGCAGACCUAGUAGUUAGGCCUGCGCAGACCUAUCGCUUGCGAUGAGUCCUCAGAUACAGGCUCAGCUCCUGCUCGUCUUGGGCUUGCUUCUCGCCAGCCCUGCGGUACCUGCGGAUGCCCUCCUGAAACAGCUCAGCAGCUUUUCCUGGGAUAACUGUGAUGAGGGCAAGGACCCUGUCGUGAUCAAAACCCUGACUCUGAAACCUGACCCCAUUGCCUUUCCUGGGAACUUGACUGUCAGCGCUGAGGCCUGGACCAAAGUCUCCCUCAUUAGUCCUCAGAAGGUGGAAUUGACCUUGGAAAAAGAAGUUACUGGCUUCUGGGCCAAAAUCCCGUGUGUGGAACAAAUUGGCAGCUGUACCUAUGAAGACUUCUGCCAAAUAAUUGACACCUUUACUCCCCCUGGGGAGCCCUGCCCAGAGCCCCUGCGCACCUAUGGACUUCCCUGCCACUGUCCCUUCAAAGCGGGCAUCUACUCACUGCCUGAGAGUGAUUUCACCCUGCCCGAGCUGGAGGUGCCCAGCUGGCUCAGCUCCGGCAACUACCGCAUCAAGACGGUCCUCAGCAGCUACGGGGAGCGUCUGGGCUGUGUCAAGAUCUCUGCCUCGCUGAAGGGCAAAUAAGGUGGCGCCAGCCACACAGCAGAAUGAAGGGGGACCAGGAAGAGAGCCCCCUUCUUCUGUCUUGCCUUUGCUAAGGUCCAGUCCUGACUCUCUGUCCCCCUUCAGGCCCAUUUCUGCAAUGAUGCAGUACCCUUGCUGAAAAUCAUUUUAUUCCGCUGACAUUUUAGACAUGGCUAGGCAGCGCCAACCUAGGGAGGAGCUGGGCAGUUCUUGAUAGCCCGAGACACCUGCUGUACCUGCUGCUUCAUUUUCCUCCUCAACCCAAUGGCUUUCUCAGAGCUUAACUCAGUUUGUAAACAGUCAAGGAAUAGGACCAAUAUAUUUUGUAACCUCAAGCUCAGACUGACCCAAUCUUGGUUUCCUGAAAUAUCUUCAUGAUCUUCUUUAAAAAAAAAAAAAAAAAAAAUUUUAUUUUUUUUUUGGUCAGUGACUCCAAAGCAGAAUGAGAGUAUUAACAGUUGUUUCAUUCCAGUCCCCUCUUACAACGAAGGGGCUGCAGUAGCUCAUCUUGGGCUGUUCCUCCGUUAACUCCUACGAUUAAUUCAGUAUUCUUUUCUAGAUUUGUUCACUGAACAGUGGGACAUAGCAUAUCCUGGAGAGGCAGGGCAUAUGGUGGAGGGCUGUUCUGGGAGAGGGAUUUAAGAAUGCUCUCAUGUGUCUAAGAUAGUUUACAAACUCAGGUGCCUACAGAGCUGAGCACAAGCGACCAGGGCCACCAGGAACAUAUUGCUUCCAGGCGUGUCAUCUUUUUUCCCCUUUUUAUGGCAGCAUAUAUCCAUUGUUAUAAGGCAGCUGAUGUCCAGUCUUGAGCUGGAUAUUAUCAGAGAUGGCGGGGCCUGGGAUGAGUUAGAAAGGAUGCAUUCAGCCCUUAGGGGCAUCUGGUGUGAAGCUAUGGCCACUUGGUGUCAUAGGAGAAUGUUGUGGCCUCAGUAUUGCCAAAUAUUCUCAAUCCCCCCCCCCCCCCCGGCAAAGCCCAGAAAUCCAGACUUUUCUAUGAAAUCUUACAGUUUUUAAAUAUUGGCAACUGAUGAAAACACUGUGCAGGCCAAAAGGGCCUAAAAGACUUGUCAGUGGGGAAAUACGGCCCUGGAUGGCCACUUUGCGACCUCUGACAUACGAACCUGCAUUCCCUGUCCUUCUGGUCGUGGGACCGCUCCUCCUGUACUGUCCCUCCCUCCAUACGGCCAAACCUAGGUGUCUGACCCACGGAGUAGGCUCUUCUAGCCCUCAGGGAGGGGGACGCAGCCUCUCCAAGCUGUGAGCUGUGGGGAUCAUGAGGUCUCAGCCUGGGAACGCUGUCAGGGUGGCUGGGGCAAACACUGAAAGAGCUAGAACCCACCAGCAGCUGCUCUGUGGAGCAAGGAUUCCAUGAAGAAGGGUGGACUUACAUCGGGUGCCUGGAUUUGUCCAUCAUCCUGUCCUCCACAACAACUUACUAACCCACGGAUCACCCCCAGCUUCUGGGCUCAUUUGGAGCCCGGAAUGACAAUAAACCUUUUUAACUUGCUGACAAUUC